AUGGGAAUAGGCCAGUCCACUGAAUCGGAGAGCCAGGCGUCCUCUCCAGAGAAGCUGAGCUACUUGCUCGCGGAACGCUUUGCAACAAAAUGCUUCACUUCUUUGGAGUUGACUCAUCUCAAAGACAACUUCUUCACACGCGCAAUUGACCAAGGUGGCUGGAAAUACUGGAACGAGAAGAUACUCUCGGACUUCCUGGGGAUUCCAGAUAGCAGUGAUUCUCAAUGUCCUCUGGACGCGGGCCCGGUGAUUUUCCGCAUGGUCUCGUAUCUGGGGGCGUUUCCUUUCCAGAAUACGCUAGCGCCAAGCGUUCUAACCUUUGACGCUAUGGUGAAAGUGAUUGUCUUGCUGACUGAACGAUAUGGUAAAGUCCUGAGGAGAGCGCGCAGGGAUAGGAUACGGUUGCUUUUCGGGAGCCUUGCUGACGUUGGAAGGAAGGAUGUUGAUCGGGGGAGUAACGGUAAUGAAGUGGAGGAGGAUGCGGAUGCAUCUGUAGCGAGCUCCCAUGCCCCAGGGUUUGCUGUCGACGAGCCGCUUAACGAUGACUAUGAGGACGAGGAGGACGAUGACCUUGCACUAGCUGCUUUGGAAUCUUUGGAUGCCAUUGAAGUGUUUAAGCACGACUCCCGCAUGGAUAGGACCGUCUACGAAGCUCGAAUAUCCGCCGAUACGCUCCGUCGCCUCUUGAUGCUACUUAUAGUGAUUUCCCCUUUAAAGUUCCUUGAGCCUGUGGGGACAUAUACGUCUGAUCUAAAUGAAAAGCGCAUGGACGUGAUUCGGGCGCAGGCCGAUAGCAUCAUGGCAGCAUUCAAGCAGGAGCCAUCCGGCGGGAUAAGCUACAAAGAAUUUGCUCGGACUGUGACUUCUUCAUUACCAUAUCUUUUUGAUCCUCUGACACCAUUGUUUGAGCAUCUCCUUUUCAGCAGGAAUCUGAAUUUAUCCCAGAAACGCGACAGGGCUGAUUCCGCUGCCUCAGCUGCCUCAGAGCCGGUCGAAGAGUCCCCAGAAGAUCUACCUUCGCCUCCAAUUAUUACACUCCCAGGUAGUUUCGAAUCAGUGAUUCUGAACUCAAGCGCCAUAUCACAUCUCUCAUUCUUUCUACCCUCAUCCUCCGAAAGUUUGAACUUUCUCCGUGGCAACGCGCGCCUGCACCCUGUCUUCUCAACAGUCGCACACGGAUCCUCUCUGACCUCUUUCUCCCACCACGUGCUUACCUGGUCCUCGGGGACUCUUCUUGUACUCGAAGGGGCCGCCGAAUCGGGCGACAUGGUAACACUUGGUGCAUACCUACCGCAGCCAUGGAAGUCAUCGACGUCAACUCAGAACACUUCCAAAUUCUCCAAUUCGGUCCUCCCAUGCCUCUUUCAGCUCUCGCCAAAGCACCUACUCCUACAAGGGAACAGUUCCCCAUCUGUGCAAUCGCCAAAUACACCUGUCGCCUACUUCUCCACAAGCUCGGGCAUCUCAAUAGGUUGCCAAAUCCCCCCUUCAUCACGAAGCAAUAAAAAGCCUCCCACUCCACUAGGGGCAGGCAGUUUAACCAUCGAUGUCAGUCUCGAAACCGCCGAGUUCCACGUUUCGCCAUUCGGCCGCAACGGCGCUUUUCUUCCACCACCCCCAGGAUCUACUCCAGAGACCACGGCCAAAACGCAAAUUGAGAUCUACAACUUGGAAGUAUGGGGAUUAGUCCCCGAUCCUGAAGCCACCUCCGGAGAGGGCGGGAAAAGCGCGGUUGAAUUGCAACAGGACAAAUGGGACUUUGAAGCUCGCGAGGCAGAACGAAGACGCAACCUGAACCUGAAGGGCGGGCCCGGCGGCUCUGACGUCGACAGCGCUAGAUGGCUAUUGGAGACUGCAGGCUUGAUUGGUGACGGCAGUGGCACUGGACGCGCCGGAGGCAGUGUUUGA